UGCGGGUUCCCUCCGGACACGCCGCCGACUCUUGCAACUGGAAUAUUGAUCGCUGCAAUGCCUCUGCUUCGCUCUUUGCUGCGUCUCCCGCUGCUCCUGGCCGCCGUUUUGCCCUGCCUCGCCAACAGCAGUUGCCCUUCGCCCUACAAGUCCUACGGCUCUAAGGGAUGCCUGCAGGUCGUCCCCGGGAGCCGGCCCCUGACGUGGCACAGUGCCAGAAGCGAGUGCCAGGCCAAGGGAGGCGAUCUGGCAGUCCUGGACGAGGUGGAGAAAUUCAAGGCCCUGUCUGCUGGCAUUGACAAAGAAUAUCCAGACAUGACCAAGGGCGGCUUCACCUUCUGGGUGGGAGCUCAACGCGUCGACUCCUCCUGGCUCUGGACUAAUGGCAAGCCAGUGGAACCAAAUGCUGAAUUGUGGGUGGCCGGUCAGCCUUCUCCCGGCAGUAGUGCCAACGCUGCCAUCAUGGUCCCUGCUGGAGGCGCUAAAGGACGUCGCUACCUCACCAACUUCAACCCGGAUACCUAUGCUCCUGCCUUCAUCUGCGAGAAGUUUUAGGUUUGAGGGAAGUUAUACGGAGAGAUGUUAUAAGAAAUUCUGUAUGGAAUUCUAUGAGAAGUUUUGUUGGAUGUUCUUUAAGAAGCUCGGGAGGAGUUAUUGCUAUUAUUGAAGGAAGUUUUGAGGGUAUUUCUGUAGAUAGUUGUUUAGGAAGUUUCAUUAGCGCAGUAGUAUUAUUUCUCUGGCAGAGGAAGAGGAAGAAGAGAAGGAGCGAGAAAGGGAGAAAGAGGGAGAGAGAAAAAUAAAAGGAUUUGAAAUACUGCCUUCAUACACUUGUUAAACUGCAUCUGUUGAUUAGUACAUUGUUGCUAUUGUGAAUAAAUGUUAAAUAAAUUU